GCUGUUAUCAAUUUGUUUACUUACAAUAAAAAUGAGAGAAAUCAGUUAAAACGAGAGAAAUAUUUCAAUGUUAACGUUAUCAUUCGAUUCUGGUAGUUGCGCCGCGUGUUUCAAUUCGUGUAGUUGUGUUCGUGAGUGAGUCAGCCAACUAUGACGGAGUGCCAAUUGUUUUUGAGCAAGCGCCUGGUAACAGAAGCUAAAAUCUUCGAUGGCGGGGUUCUGGUCGACGACCGUGGAGUUAUUUUGGAUAUUCUGGACCGAGAUGAAGCCGAAAAGCUGAUAACAAAAAGCAAGGGUAAACUUAAAGUGACAGACGGUGGAGACUGGGCGCUAAUAGCCGGGGUGGUGGAUUCACACGUGCAUGUGAACGAGCCGGGCCGCACCGCCUGGGAAGGGUUCCGCACCGCCACCAAUGCGGCUGCGGCUGGGGGCAUCACUACCAUCGUCGACAUGCCUUUGAACUCAAUUCCACCGACAACGACACUAGAAAAUCUGAAAACCAAAGUAAAAUCAGCUACGGGACACGUUUACGUCGAUGUUGGGUUCUGGGGAGGAGUCAUUGUUGGAAAUCAGGAUUCUCUACGAGAUUUGGUAAAGGCUGGAGUGGUUGGAUUCAAAUGCUUCCUUUGUCCUAGUGGAGUGGAUGAAUUCCCUAACGUAGGAGCUGAAGAUUUAGAGCUAGUGUUCAAUGCACUUGAGGGUACUGGAUCUGUUUUGGCGUUUCAUGCUGAACUUGAAGAUGAUUGUUGUGAUGAAAAAUAUGUCGAGAAUCAAGAUCCGGAGGAAUACAAAACUUACCUCGAGUCUCGUCCGCCUAGAAUGGAACUAAACGCAAUAUCGCUUAUUACAAGCUUUCUGGAAAGAACAGAUGUUCGUGUCCACGUAGUCCACGUGUCUUCUGCAACAGUAGUUCCACUCCUGGAGAAGGCCCGCGCGUCUCGCCUGGCCCGGGGUCACCAGGGAUGGCGCGGCGGGGUCACUGCGGAGACUUGCCACCACUACCUCACUCUGAGUGCCGGCGAGGUUCCCAGGGGACACAGCGAGUAUAAAUGCGCUCCUCCAAUACGAGAUGCUGAUAAUAAGGAGAAGCUAUGGAAAUAUUUGCUAGAUGACAAACUAGACCUGGUUGUGUCGGACCACUCGCCCUGUACACCGGACCUUAAGUGCAGUAAUACCUUGGAAGCUUGGGGUGGCAUUUCUUCUGUGCAAUUUGGUCUUUCAUUGUUUUGGACACAGGCAAACACUAGAGGAUUAGAUUUAAAGGCAAUAACCAAAUACUUGAGCUCCGGUCCAGCUAACUUGUGUGGUUUACAAGACCGCAAAGGUGCACUGAAGAAAGGUCUAGACGCUGAUCUCGUGUACUUCGAUCCUGAUGGAACGUUUGUCGUAACGCCGGAAAUUAUUCGGCAUAAGAAUAAGAUGACGCCUUAUAUUGGAAAAGAGUUAAAGGGAGUUGUAAAGAAAACUUACGUGCGUGGCCAGUUGGUGUUUAGUGAUGGAGACGUUGUUGGGGAACCAAAGGGAAAAUUAUUAAUAAACGUGUAAAGAGUAACACAUUUAUAAUGUCUACCUAACUAUAUUGUUUUUAUUAAGAUUUAUUAUUGUUUCAACUUAACUUAAAAUUACUAAUUAUUAAUAAUGUUACUAAACUG